AUGGAGCAAACCAUGACCAACUGCAGCGAUGUAGGCCCUGAAGAUGCCGCAUAUCGCCAGUCAGAUGCCCGCGAUGCAACUGAGACCGAACGCCAUAUGAGCAUCAUGCAGGCUUUCAAGCUGUACCCCAAGGCUGUAGGCUGGUCGAUCCUUCUGUCCACUGCGAUUGUCAUGGAAGGAUAUGACGUCUCCCUUCUCUCGAACUUCUAUGCCUUGCCUCAAUUCAACCAAAAGUACGGCGAAUUGCAACCGGACGGCAGCUAUGUCAUUCCUGCUCCAUGGAAAUCGGCACUCUCCAAUGGUGUUAUUGUCGGCGAGAUCCUUGGUCUUUACAUGACGGGUAUCAUACAGGAUAGGUUUGGUUAUCGUAAGACUAUUCUCGGCGCCUUGGUGCUUGUUAUCUGCUUCAUCUUUGUUGUGUUCUUUGCGCAAAAUGUGCAAAUGCUGCUUGCUGGCGAAAUUCUCUGUGGUAUUCCCUGGGGUGUGUUUCAGACUCUUACAACUGCUUAUGCCUCAGAGGUCUGCCCUGUCGCGCUUCGAGCAUAUCUUACAACUUACGUCAAUCUGUGCUGGGUCAUUGGAGGUUUCAUUGCUUCAGGGGUCCUUCGUGGGCUAUUAGAGCUACCUAGCUCCUGGGCGUAUCGUAUCCCGUUUGCUAUUCAAUGGUUCUGGCCCACUCCCCUGAUCAUUGGAUGUCUUUUUGCUCCGGAGUCUCCUUGGUGGUACGUCCGACAUGGGCAGAUCGAAAACGCAAAACACAGUCUACGCCGGCUUAMAAGCCGAUCCGAUACAACAUUCGAUGUUGACAAGGCCAUUUCUAUGAUGCAGCACACCAAUGAAUUAGAGAAAGAGAUCACAAGUGGCACAACCUACUGGGACUGUUUCAAAGGCGCCAACCUUCGUCGAACUGAAAUUGUGUGCGUCGCAUGGCUCGUCCAGAAUCUGUGUGGAUCGACAUUUAUGGGUUAUUCAACUGUUUUUUACAUUGCUGCCGGACUUUCUGAAAGUAGUUCGUUUGAUAUGACCUUAGUACAAUAUGCUGUUGGUGCCCUCGGAACUAUUGGAUCUUGGUUUCUCAUGACCCGUUUCGGGCGUCGCACUUUGUACCUUUAUGGGACGUUUGCUCUCUUCUCUCUUCUUAUGAUUAUCGGAUUUAUAUCUUUCGCUUCACAGACCAAUUCAGCAGCGAAUUGGGCUAUUGGAUCGAUGCUCCUCGUCUUUGCCGCUGUUUACGACAGUACCGUCGGCCCAGUGUGUUAUUCACUUGUCUCCGAAAUCUCUUCCACCCGCCUGCGCGCCAAAUCCAUCGUUCUCGCUCGCAACCUGUACAAUAUUGCAGGAAUCGUCGCAAAUAUCCUGACAAACUACCAACUGACCAGCACAGCCUGGAACUGGGGUGCCAAAGCUGCCUUCUUCUGGGCCGGCUGCUGUUUCCUUUGCUUGAUUUGGAUAUUUUUCCGUCUUCCAGAACCGAAAGGAAGGACAUAUGCUGAGUUAGAUAUUCUGUUUGCGCAGGGGGUCUCUGCUCGCAAAUUCAAGUCAACUAAGGUUGACCUUUUUCAUCGUGUUGGUCCGGCUAUUGUUGAGCACGAGGAUGAGAAAGCUCAGGUGGUGCUCAAGGAGAGCUGCUAG